CUCUGUCUAGCGGGGAUGGAGCAGGCCGGGCCCGCGGUGGGCUCCGCCGCCUCGGCCAGGGCGCUGGUGCCCGUCCAGGCCACCGCCGUGGCGGUGGUGGAGGAGGCCGCCCGGGAGGCCCCCAAGAGCCGCAAGAGGAUCCUGGACGAGGACAGCUACAUCCAGAGCUUGGAGAAAAUAAUCCAAAGGGAUUUUUUCCCUGACGUUGAGAAGUUGCGUGCUCAGAAGGACUAUCUGGAGGCUGAAGAGAGCGGUGACUUGGAGAAAAUGAGGCAAAUAGCUAUCAAAUUUGGCUCUUCCUUGGGCAAAUCUUCCAAAGACACCCCUGCACCAUAUGUUACUCCAGCAACUUUUGAAACGCCCGAGGUCCAUCCUGGAGACCCCUCUGUGAUGAAUAAGUCCAAGCUUACAGUGAAAGCCCGAGAAGAAGGAGAAACGGAGGAAGAUGAGAGCAAAGAUGCUUUGCCCAGCCUGGACAACUUCUUGGCAAAACACACUAGUGAGGAUAAUGCUUCGUUUGAGCAGAUCAUGGAAGUCGCUGAAGAGAAGGAGAAAGCAAGGCAUUCGUGGCUGUACGAAGCUGAGGAGGCAUAUUCCCAGAGACAUCGGGAGCAGCUGGCACUUCCGUCAGCGGAAGAGCAGCAGGCGUUGACCAGUGGCAAAGCUGGGGUGGAGACAUGGGAGUACAAGGCCAGGAAUUCCCUGAUGUACUACCCGCCAGGUGUUCCUGAGGAGGAGGAGGAUGUCUUUAAAAAGCCACGGGAAGUUGUCCACAGAAACACGCGCUUCCUGAAGGACCCGUUCAGCCAAGCCGUGAGCAAGUCCCAGCUCCAGCAGGCAGCAGCCCUCAAUGCUCAGUACAAGCAGGGGAAAGUAGGCCCUGAUGGGAAGGAGCUGAUCCCCCAGGAGUCUCCGAAGGUGAAUGGAUAUGGAUUUGUGGCCACCCCUUCCCCUGCUCCUGGUGUGAAUGACUCUCCUCUCAUGACAUGGGGCGAGAUAGAGAGCACCCCUUUGCGGUUAGAAGGCUCAGACACGCCGUACGUGGACAGGACUCCUGGACCCGCCUUCAAGAUCCUGGAGCCCGGGCGGAGGGAGCGGCUAGGGCUCAAGAUGGCCAACGAGGCGGCUGCCAAAAACCGAGCGAAGAAGCAGGAAGCUUUAAGAAGAGUCACAGAGAACCUUGCCAGCCUUACCCCCAAAGGAUUAAGCCCAGCGAUGACUCCCGCCAUGCAGCGCUUAGUAAACAGGACUGCCAGCAAAUUCACUGACAAAGCUCUCCGAGCCAGUUACACCCCAUCCCCCGCGCACCUGGGAACACCUGGCUACAAGACUCCGGCUGGCGGGUCCCAGACGCCCACAGGCACCCCGGCGCCCAGCACGCUCUCCCACACACCGGUGACGCAGGACCCCGCGUCCAUCACAGACAAUCUGCUGCAGUUGCCCAAAAGACGCAAAGCCUCUGACUUCUUCUGAGCGGCAUGCGCUUCUCUCUUCUCCCACAGGGCCCUGCGUAGCUGAAUAUGCAGGCAGUGCUGUAUUGGCAAGGAGCAGCGAGAAGGGCUGGCUGGAUUUCAGAGUGCUUUCUGCCGUGCAGUCUUGCCUUAUGCCAGCACUUCACACGCAGCGGGGUGAAUGGGAAUGGGCUCCGCUUUUGCUGAGCAAGAAACCUCUCGCUGUUUUUCUCUGUACCAGACACACCUGGUACACAAAGAAGGGAUAGCCAGGCCAGCAAAUACAGCACAGACCUUCUGAAAUCCUUUUGGAUCGAUGGUUUUUACAAAGUGGGGACAGCCCUGGUUGUGUUCGGGGGGCGUCUGAUUUAAUCUGUACAUGUUUUUAUUUAUUCACUACAACACAUCUUUGAAUAAAGGGCUGGCACAAGUUUGAA